UACUGCGCGCUUUUCACUUUCCGUUCUUUCAGUUUGUCGAGAACGUUUGAACGCAACGGGACUUUUGGAAAUCGUGCGUGCAGGAAUAUCUAAGUAAAGAAAUAAAAAGAGAGCAGAAAAAAAAAAGAAAAAAUUCCAAAUUGCAAGCAAACGCUGAAAAGGAAAUGUGCAAAAAAUAGUGUAAAAAUAAAAGCCAAAAGCGUUAGGCAAAAAUGUGCGGGCAGUGGGAAAAGAGCUAAAACGAGAGCAAGUGUAAAAAUGUAAACUACACACGCACACUCACACAUAUAUAAAUAUACAUGAAUUGGUGCAGCGUAUAGAACCAUCAAGUUUUCCAUAUCCCCGGCGUACACAACACAAAAACAAAAGCGAAAAUGACAGCAAUACGUUUAAGCAAUAAAGAAAUGCGUGGCAAGCAGCUGCAAAUAGCAACAAGACAACAAUAAUAAUAAAGCAACAUGUAAAGCCUUCGUGGAAAACUAAGAAUACAAAACUGAAUCAGCCCCAGGAAGUUGAUGAUAGAAAACUAUAUCCAAAUUAAAUAAGCCUAAAAGAAAGCAAGCUGCCGUUAAGUGUGAAAGCUUUAACUAGAACUAAGUCCAAGUGAGCCAAAUUAUAAAUAUUAACAAAUAGCGCUGCACUUUAACAGAUACAUAUAAAGAGAGGAGAGAGGGAGAGAAAAGAGAGAGAGAGAGAGACGUAUCCAUUGACCGCUGAUUACCUCGAUAUCACCUCCCCGUCCCACCCCGGCAUCGUCUUGGGACACUGAAACAUUCCACCACACAGUAUGGCCUCGGUCGCCGCUUGGCUGCCCUUUGCACGGGCGGCGGCCAUCGGUUGGGUGCCGAUAGCUACGCAUCCAUUGCCACCGCCUCCGAUGCCGAAGGAUCGCCGUAAAACGGACGAUGAGAAGCUACUGAUAAAUGUGUCCGGGCGACGCUUUGAGACCUGGCGCAAUACACUCGAAAAGUAUCCAGAUACGCUGCUCGGCUCGAAUGAGCGUGAGUUUUUCUAUGAUGAGGAUUGCAAAGAGUAUUUCUUUGAUCGGGAUCCGGAUAUAUUUCGGCACAUACUUAACUAUUAUCGCACCGGGAAAUUGCAUUAUCCGAAACACGAAUGCCUCACCAGCUACGACGAGGAAUUGGCCUUCUUUGGCAUCCUGCCAGAUGUCAUCGGUGAUUGCUGUUAUGAGGAUUAUCGCGAUCGCAAGCGCGAGAACGCCGAACGCCUCAUGGAUGACAAGCUGUCGGAGAAUGGAGAUCAGAAUCUGCAGCAGCUAACCAACAUACGCCAGAAGAUGUGGCGUGCCUUCGAGAAUCCGCACACAUCGACCAGUGCUCUGGUCUUCUACUAUGUAACAGGCUUCUUCAUAGCCGUCUCCGUCAUGGCCAACGUGGUGGAGACGGUGCCCUGCGGCCAUCGGCCAGGACGUGCCGGCACUUUGCCCUGCGGCGAGCGCUACAAAAUUGUGUUCUUUUGCUUAGACACCGCCUGUGUGAUGAUCUUCACCGCCGAAUAUCUGUUGCGUCUGUUUGCGGCGCCCGAUCGCUGCAAGUUUGUGCGCAGCGUGAUGAGCAUCAUCGAUGUGGUGGCCAUUAUGCCCUACUACAUUGGCCUGGGCAUCACGGACAACGACGAUGUCAGCGGCGCCUUUGUGACGUUGCGUGUGUUCCGCGUUUUUCGCAUCUUCAAAUUCUCCCGCCACUCGCAGGGUCUGCGCAUCCUCGGCUAUACGCUCAAGUCAUGCGCCAGUGAGCUGGGCUUCCUUGUCUUUUCGCUGGCCAUGGCCAUUAUCAUAUUUGCCACGGUCAUGUUCUAUGCCGAGAAAAAUGUAAAUGGCACAAAUUUCACAUCGAUACCGGCGGCCUUCUGGUACACCAUUGUCACAAUGACGACGUUGGGCUAUGGUGACAUGGUGCCGGAGACAAUAGCUGGCAAAAUAGUUGGUGGUGUUUGCUCGCUCAGCGGAGUGCUGGUCAUCGCCUUACCUGUACCUGUUAUUGUAUCGAACUUUAGUAGAAUUUAUCAUCAAAACCAGCGUGCGGAUAAGCGCAAAGCGCAGCGGAAAGCUCGGCUGGCGCGCAUUCGCAUUGCGAAGGCCUCAUCUGGCGCUGCUUUCGUCAACAAGAAGAAGGCGGCGGAGGCACGUUGGGCAGCACAAGAGUCUGGCAUUGAGCUGGAUGACAAUUAUAGGGAUGAGGAUAUCUUUGAGCUGCAGCAUCAUCAUCUGUUGCGGUGUCUCGAAAAGACAACGGAUCGUGAAUUUGUCGAGUUAGAAAUACCCUAUAAUGGCCAGCCAAAGCGACCGGGCUCGCCCUCGCCGAUGGCUAGUCCCGCCCACUCGACAAACAGCGCUGCAGGCCUAUUGCAAUCCUGCUGCGGCCGCUGUUGUUCGCAGCGUUAUCAGGCCUGCGGCAAGUACAUGCCAGCUGCCAGCAAUGCUCAAAAUAGCCAAAACAAUCAGCCAAUGGAUGGCACCUACCUGGUGGAGGCAUCCUUCUGAGCCAGCAGUGGGUUAUGUUCAAUGCUGAAGAAGCUGAAGCUAAUUUACGUUUAUGUUUACGUUUAGACUAACUUGAAAAGUUUUUAAACCACAAA